AUGGCAGACAGUUCCUGGUUCGCCGAGCUACAAGAGCUUGGGGCUGAUCUGCUGAACGAGCAAGCUGCGGAGGAAGAAGAGGAGACCCCCGAACAGAAGGCCAAACGAUUUCGGUCAGCUGUGGAGCGGCAAGUCCAGGAAGAGCUGCGAAAGCGACCGCCGCAGAAAGAGGUGCGGGAGUAUGUCGCAUCACUCGAGAAAGCGCGGGCGGCGUAUGAUGACUACAAGGACAUGAUGGCGCGCGCCAGGAAGGAGCGCGAGCAGAAGCAGGCCUUGGAGAAGCCUCAGCCUGAGCAGAGCCCACCGUUGGUGUCCGAUGAAGAGGACGAAGAGUUGAGAAUCAAGGAACCGCGUGAGAUCUUCAGCGACCUCCUUGAGGCGGCUUUCCAGAAGAAGGAUACCAUUCCCGCUGCUGGCCUUGAGAUCUUCAAGCUGGUGGCGCUGCACUCCACCCCAACGCAGACGGUGGUCAGUGACUGGAAGAGCGUCUUCCAGUCUUGCAGACAGGGCCCAAGUCGGUUUGUCAUGAUCUACCUGCUCAACGAGCUUGCCAAGCAAAACCCUCAACUUCCAAAUCUUGAAAGUCAUCUACGACACCUGCUCAAUUUUAUUUGCGACCAGCCCUUGGCCCCGGAGCAGAAAAGUCGCAUCGCCAAGUUUGUCUUCCGCCCGGUCCCUGCCCAACCUCGCACUAGCGGCAUUUACGAGCUGAUCGGGAGAUCGCAGGAAGGAGUGCAAUUCCUACACGAAUGGCAACAGCAGAUGGAGGAGGCCCGAGGGCGCGCAGCAACCUGA